GUACAUUUCAGAUCAGCAGAACAUUUGAUAAGUGAGGAAGAGAAUGAGAAAGCAACAUUCGAGAGGAAGGAGGAUGGAGAGGAACACCGCAAAGCAGGGAGACCACCGUUGUCCCGCAUCCCUACCUUUCAAAGCUCCCUGGGCCGCAAGCGAGUCACCGUCCAGAGUGCAGAGUCAUCACUGAAGACGGAUGGAUCUAUCCAGCAGGGCCAAAAAGAGAGAGCUGGCUCUACAGAGGCCGGAAGAGUGAAAAUGUCAGGAUCACUGCCUGUCCCAUCGGCUCGUUUACACACAAGCCUUGCUGAUGUUCUCUCUCAAGGUGAUAUCUCGGGUCACGCCUCCACUCUUUUGGCUCCGAAAAUAAAUCAAUCUCUUGAUCAAACGCCUGAGAUUACAAAAGACUCUGAUCAGGCUGAUAUAUCACUAAAGCGACCCCCACUCAGGAAUGUCUAUGAGACCUCUGAUCUUGUCGUAGAGCCCGUUUCUGAAUUUGAAACCGCAAGCGGAGAGACCAUCUCAGAAGAUGAGCAGAUGUCGGCGCAGGAUGCCACCGUAGAGGAUCUGAGCUCAUGCUCCUCUGUUGAUCAGCAUGAGGCAUCUGAUCAAGCUUGUGAAGAAGAUACUUUGAGAGACGAUAAUGAUAAUGGAAGUGUAGCCCAAUCACAUUGGACAGAAGAAAAUAGCGUCACAGGGAAUGAUGUGAAAUGUGUGGAAUGUGUUCCAGAU